UCCAGGAAAAGUGACGGAGCUCGCGCACCAUGUAACGGGAAGGGUACAUUUUUGCGUAAAGGGGAAACUUUGUAUGGACAUGAGGAUAUUUGGGGAUAACUCGCCAUUUGUAACAGAAAAGCUGGACUUGUAAGGAAAAAACGUCAUCUUUUAAUCACCAUUUAAACCUACAGGGUGUUUUUAAACCGCUUCUCGCUCUUAAUUAAACAUGAAAUGAGAGUUUGACGGAUGAAAAUGCGCGUGGACCCCACAGCUGUGCACUGAGGAGAGGAGGUGCUCAGAGAAGCCCGCCAAUGCUCACCUUUGGUCGGCACUUCAAAGCAACUUGUUGAAACAUUCAUCCGCGAGCGUCAGUGAGAGGAAAGGUAGCAGCAUGGCUGAGCACGAGAGCCUGGAGUAUGGGAAGGCAGAUUUUGUGCUGUUGGACAACGUGUCUAUGGAGGAGUUCAUGGCGAACCUGAAGCUCAGGUUUGAGAAGGGGAGGAUCUACAGCUACAUCGGAGAGGUGGUGGUGUCUGUCAAUCCUUACCGUGCCAUGAACAUCUACGGCCGCGACACCAUAGAGCAGUACAAGGGCCGCGAGCUGUAUGAGAGGCCGCCCCACCUCUUCGCCAUCGCCGACGCUGCCUACAAAGCCAUGAAGAGGAGGAACAAAGACACUUGUAUUGUCAUCUCAGGGGAAAGUGGAGCAGGAAAGACAGAAGCCAGCAAGUAUAUAAUGCAAUACAUUGCUGCUAUCACCAAUCCCAAUCAGAGGGCUGAGGUGGAGAGGGUGAAAAACAUGCUGCUUAAAUCCAACUGUGUCUUGGAGGCCUUUGGGAACGCCAAGACAAACCGCAAUGACAACUCCAGCCGCUUCGGCAAAUACAUGGACAUCAACUUUGACUUCAAGGGAGAUCCCAUCGGAGGCCACAUCAAUAACUACCUGCUGGAAAAGUCCAGGGUGAUUUUCCAACAGGAAGGAGAGAGGAGCUUUCAUUCAUUCUACCAGCUGCUUAGAGGAGGUCCAGAUUCCCUCUUACGCUCUCUUCACAUCCAGAAGGAUCCGACGGCCUACAACUACAUCAAAGUUGGAGGCCAAAUUAAGUCUUCCAUCAAUGAUGGAGCUGAUUUCAAAGCCGUAGCCGAUGCCAUGAAAGUGAUCGGUUUCACAGGGGAUGAGAUUCAGACCGUUUACAAGAUCGUGGCCACCAUCCUACAUCUGGGCAACAUGACAUUCGGGGUGGACGGUGACGUGACCUUGAUAGAGAACACAAAGCUGGUGUCUGUGAUCAGGGAUCUGCUGUCCACCAAAGAAGAAAAUGUGGAGAAGGCGCUGCUCUACCGCACCGUGGCCACGGGUCGAGACGUCAUCGAAAAGCAGCACACGGCACAAGAGGCCAGCUACGGACGGGACGCUCUCGCCAAGGCCAUGUACGAGCGCCUGUUCUGCUGGAUUGUGGGACGAAUCAAUGACAUCAUCGAGGUGAAGAACUACGAUGCCAGAGUCCACGGGAAGAACACCGUCAUCGGGGUGCUGGACAUCUACGGUUUUGAGAUUUUCCAGAACAACAGCUUUGAACAGUUCUGCAUCAACUACUGUAAUGAAAAGCUGCAGCAGCUGUUCAUCCAACUGGUGCUGAAGCAGGAGCAGGAAGAGUAUCAGCGAGAAGGCAUCCCCUGGAAACAUAUUGAUUACUUCAAUAACCAGAUCAUUGUGGAUUUGGUGGAGCAGCAGCAUAAGGGCAUCUUCUCUGUGCUGGACGAAGCCUGUAUGAACGUGGGCAAAGUCACGGAUGAGGUUUUCCUCCAAGGACUCAAUGGCAAGCUGGCCAAACACGCCCACUACACCAGCCGCAAGCUCUCACCGACCGACAAGAGUUUGGAGUUUGACAGAGACUUUCGCAUCAGGCACUACGCAGGAGAUGUGGUGUACUCAGUGGUGGGUUUUAUUGAUAAGAACAAAGACACUCUGUUCCAAGAUUUCAAGAGACUGCUAUACAACAGUUCUAACCCAGUACUGAAGGGGAUGUGGCCCGAGGGCAAACUGAGCAUCACUGAGGUCACCAAACGACCACUGACAGCUGCAACGCUCUUUAAAAACUCUAUGAUCUCGUUGGUGGAGAACCUGGCCUCCAAGGAACCCUACUAUGUUCGCUGCAUCAAACCCAACGAUGUCAAGUCCCCUCUACUCUUCGAGCAGGAGCGCUGCCGUCACCAGGUGGAGUACCUCGGGCUGCUGGAGAACGUCAGAGUGCGGCGUGCUGGCUUCGCCUACAGACAGACGUACCCUCGCUUUCUACAGAGAUACAAGAUGAUCUCAGAGUUUACAUGGCCAAACCAUGACCUGCCAUCAGAUAAAGACGCAGUGAAGAGGCUCCUGCAGGGGUGUGGAUUCGACCACGACGUGGCUUACGGCAAAACCAAGGUCUUCAUCCGCACGCCACGUACGCUCUUCAGCCUGGAGGAGCAGCGGGCGGAAAUGGUCCAGAGAAUUGUCCUCUUCCUCCAGAAGGUGUGGAGAGGCACCAUUGCCAGAAUGCGAUACCGGCGGAUGAGAGCGGCCCUUGUCAUCCUGCGGGCCUACCGACGCUACAAGGUGAAGUCUUACAUCCGAGAGGUGAACCGGCGCUUCAAAAAUGUCCAGUCCAUGAAGGAUUACGGCCGCCAUGUGAAGUGGCCCACGCCUCCCAAAGUCCUGCGCAAGUUUGAGGAGGCACUCAGGAGCAUCUAUAACAGGUGGUGGGCAUGGACACUGAUCAAAGGCCUCUCUCCAGAAGAAGCCCUGCAGGUGAGGGCCAAGGUAGCCAGCCUGGAGGCCCUGAAGGGCCAUAGGGCCGACCUGGGGCUACAGAGGGCCUGGGAAGGAAACUACCUGAAGCGAGACAGCCCCGAUACGGCUUCAUCAUUCACACUGGUGUCCAGCGAGCUGCAGCGCAAAGACAAAUUCAUGAGAGUUUUGUUUUCCUGCAACGUGCGCAAGAUCAACCGUUUCCACAAGGCAGAGGACCGGGCUGUGCUCAUCACCGACCGCCACCUGUACAAGAUGGACCCCCUGAAGCAGUACAAACCCAUGAAAAGCAUCCCCCUCUAUAACGUGACGGGAGUGAGCGUGUCCCCCGGGAAGGACCAGCUGGUUGUGUUCCACACCAAGGACAGCAGGGAUCUCGUGGUGUGCCUGCAGGGCAUGGUGCCUGCCAAUGAGAGCCGCAUCGGGGAGCUGGUUGGCACCCUACUUAGCCACUUCAAGAGUGAGAAGAGGAAGCUGCAGGUGAACAUCGCGAGUCCCAUCCAGUGCAGCAUGAGCGGGAGAAAGUGCACCAUCAUCGUGGAGCCCAAGAUCAACCAGUCGCAGCCAGACUUUACCAAGAGCCGAUCUGGUUACAUCCUGGCUGUUCCUGGCAACUAAAAACGGUGGAAGGAAAAAAAGCGACAGCUGAUUUCAAAACCAGGCCAUGAUGAUGAUGAUGAUGAUGAUGAUGAUUCACUUUUGUUUUGCAGAGCUGCUGGUAAUGUGAUGAUACAGAUAGCCGCUCUGGAGGAGGAUUGUGGCAACUCAGUCCUCCAUAUGCAAAGCCAUGCCAAAUUUGACCUGUUUUUAGAUUUCUAUGCAACGUUACCAUAAACAGGGAGCGUACACUACGCCUACAUGCACGAUGUCACCAGCUAAACAGGUUUUUAUAAAAUGCACUACAGGAUAAUCCAACAAAGUGGUGUUUUUUUUUUCUUUCUAAAGAUACAAAUUUCAACUAAUUUGCUUUGUGCAAUAUUUACUUUAUUGUAGAUGGAAUAUUGUGGUCGUGGAGGUGAGAGGAGAUUAUGCUGCAACUGUUCUCUGAAAAACUGAUGUUGCGUAAUAGGGAAAAAAAUCCAAAGGCUUUGCAGGAAUUUAUAAUCCGUGCAGCUCCCUGUGUAGGAGCUGGAGAAGUAAAACCCUAAAAAGAUUAAAUAAGAUGAUAUUUAUGUUUGAACACUUUUUGUAAUGUAUAUUCUAAGGAAUAGCAACGUCAGUGACCUUAAUUGAAGUCUUACUACCGACAUGGUAAAUGAAAGGAAAUGCAGCGUCCACUUUGAGUUCACUUAAUGUUUACAGUCACAUAUGAGAACAGCGACAUGUGAUUCAGUGGUUCAGUCAGUGUCUGAGGCACGAGCUCCAAAGUCCUUGUUAGUGUGUCACAGGAUGUGUUGAGCAUAUCCUGAACAUCGCAACCUGCUACAUGCAAAGUGUUAAAGAUCUAUUAAUUUAAGUCCUGCUUCUUAUACUCUCUACUGCAACGUGUGUACUUUUAUAAUACUCUCAUACUGCUUAUAUAUCAAAGGUUAGAAUCAGCACAGUCGCCAGAAGAAAAUUUUGGCAUUGUACAUUCCUGCAAACCAUGAGUACAUUAUGUUUGCAUGUUUCAUGCAUGUCAAGUGAUGUAAUGAAUGAGCUGACCGUCACUGGGAGGUAGAGGGGAUGGUGCAUGGUGAGUCACCUAUAGACAAGAUGUCUGCCAAGCUGCAGAGCACCGUUUAAGACUGACAAACAACAACACUGGUUGUUUUUUGUCAGUCUUUCACAGCAUAUUCGCCAGUGUUUGUGACCCCGAACCUGGGUGUAUUUCACCAACAUUAAACAUCGUUUUUCCAGCAGCAUUUUGGGUGUUUUCACCAACGCAUCAUGGCAUUUCCCACCGGGGUUUGUGGCACCAAACUUGUGUGUUUUUAGCAGCACAUUGCACCGCUUUCCAUUGGCGUUUGUCACACCGAACCUGGACGUUU